CUUCUAUCUAAUAGUGUGGUCUUCGUCAUUCAGAUUUAUUGCGCGUGAUAGCGAUACCGCAUAAUAUUUUUGCGUUCUCUCAGGAAAGAACCGAGAGGAUCACACACUGUCACUGUGAAAGGAAAGAAAAUUAUGGGCUUCGCACGAGGACUUCUCCACGAGCUUCUGCUGGAUGAGGACUAUUCUUCCCCCGCUGCCUCUUUUCGGUCCUCUUCGAGCGACGCCGCAUGGCUCGCGCAUGUGCAAGUGAAGCCGAGGUCGACGUGGUCGAUUCAUCAGGCAAGCACCACGAGCGUAAAGCCAAACAAGGCAGCUGCUGCACAAGAACUAGCUCAUCACAUUGCGAAUCCAAUCAGGAAUAUUUCGGCGUUUCUCGAGAGGGCGACGAGCUUUCUGCAGGAUCAACUUGAUUUACACCGGUUCGUGCAGGGGCCGGGGGCGAAAAAGAAAACGCAUUUUUCCGAGAGGCAGCAGGAGACUGGUAUGGCCAUGGAGGCUGUUUCCUUCGCCGGUCGAAUCCGCACAACCAAUCGCAGCGGAAUUAUAGGGCGAACCAGAGUUCUUUUGAAGGAGCAAGAAUUCAUGGCAACCUCGUCACCAGAAGCGACAGGAGUGGUUUACUUGGUCCAAAGGCCAGCACGGAGAGCAGGAACUAGAGGCUUACGGGCAGGAAAGAACCAUUUUCCCACCCUUUUCCUGGCCCACCACCCGCAAAAAGCGAAUCAGUCCAUCAACGACCUCAACCCGGAUGUGCAGCAGGCCCAGGGGCCCCGGGACUCCCCCCUGGUGGACCCGAUUCAGCAGAAGGAACCGGAGAAGUGCAUGAAGAAGUGCAACCCGGGCCCGGGGGAAGUUUGUCACCGCUGCAACCCCGACGGCAGCAUCGAAACGCCGGAGCAGAAGAUGAAGCGGCUGGCGGAGGAAGCGGGCGAACGGGUGGGGAUGGACCACAUGACGAUUGAGCAAUGGAAGGACUUGUCGUUGGAAGGAACCAUGCCGGAGUGCGACGGAGGCAAGCUGCGCUCCGUGGAGCACUGUCGUCAUCCGUUGCCUCUUGGGGAGGACGGGACCUCGGACAUUGACAUGUCAUAAACUGGGAGUCGCAACAUACAAGCUAAGUACCUACCAUGAAUGAAGUUGUGCGUGUAGUAUGAUUGAAUAUUGCACCUACUGUUAUUGUUCGACUGAUUGGCUUUGGCAGCACUGGCCAGCUCGAAGACGUCGGCUAGUAGCUCAUCUCGCUCGUUGAU